GUGCGAGGCGCGGUGGGUGACCGGCCCCUGGGAGCACUGCUCGACCACGUGCGGGCCCGCCGGCGUGCAGGAGCGCGAGGUGGCCUGCGUGUCGAUGCCGCAGGCCGACUCGGCCAACUGGACGGCGGGCAUCGUGGACCCUGCGCGGUGCAGCGCCAUUCCGAUGCCCGAGGCCGUGCGCGAGUGCCUGCGGGAGCCAUGCCCCGCGCACUGGAUGCCCCUCGGCUGGGGCCAGUGCUCGACCUCGUGCGGCGCGGGGACGCAGGCGCUGCAGUGGGAGUGCGUGGGCGGCGGCGGCAACGAGGUCACGUACGACUGCGGGCCGCGCCCUCGGCAGACGCGCGCCUGCGAGGACAACCCGGCGUGCCCGCCCCUGCCCUGCCAGAGCGACGCCUCCGAGUUCUGCCAGCUGCCCGUCCUGCACCGGUACUGCAAGGUGCCCAAGUACCGCGAGCUCUGCUGCCACACCUGCGCCAACGUCCUGGUGUGAGGCCGACGGCGACGGCGGCGGAGGGACGCAGGCAGCGAGACAGUCAGUGCGACGGUGCACCGGGACAGGAGAUACUUGUGAUAGACAGACGAGAUUGUGUGACUCUUAUUUAAAUAAAAGACUUCACGGAGAAGGGACACAAGGGGUAAACACGGGGAAGCGGGAGAAGGAGAAGGAGAGAGAAUAGGGAGAAGGAGGGAGCGGGAGAGGGGAAUGCGAAGCGGAGAAACGCAACUGCCGAUUACAAAGCUUUACACUGGGGGGUGGGGCGGGGGGAGGGAGGGCACCCCAGCAGCGGCCGGCCAGACCCGCCCCGUCAGGAGAGGCGUCGCAGGGGCGCCCUGACGCAGCGAGCAAGUCUGGCGGCGACGCGGCCGUGCGUAGUGCGAGACUGAGCGAGUAUUUAAACGUUUGUUCUGCUGCGGCGACGGAGGCCGAGGGGCGCGAGGGAGGGCCUCUGUGGGCGGCGGUCACGGCGCCCGAAGCGAAGCAUGAUGGGCCUCUGAUAGCAGCUGUAGUGUAGUGUGUCAUAGGCUGCAUAUGUACAUAAUGCUUGCAUGUAUAGUAUGUGUAUGUAUAUAUAUAUAUAUAUAUAUAUAUAUAUAUAUAUAUAUAUAUAUAU